GGGAGGUGGAGAGCGCAGACUGCUCGAGGCAGAUCGUCCAUCAGGUGUUGGAACUCGAGUUCCCUGCACCUUUCCCGAAAAUAAGGGGCUAGUUUAGAGGCACGCGCUAUUCCUGGGGUCUUGUUGUACCACCACCACGCCUCCCCACCCCAGAUAAUGUACCCCGAGUCUAGAUGGGGGCCUAGGACAGGAUGAUAGGUACCUGAGGUAGGCAUGUUGUCUCUCCUGCUCAGGUCUAAGCUGACUCGCUUCUGCUGGCUGGGCAUGGAGGAUUUGAAAGAAGACGUCAAAUUCAUUGUGGAUGAGACCUUGGACUUUGGAGGGCUGUCCCCAUCUGACAGUCAUGAGGAAGAAGACAUAACGGUAUUGGUGAGUCCAGAGAAACCACCUCGACGGGGCCUCGCUCACCGCAGUAACCCAAACACAGUAGCUCCCACUCUCCAGGGUGUGAGGUUCAGUCUGGGCCGGCUCAGCCCAGAGAAGCUGGAGGAGAUCCUUGAUGAAGCCAACCGCCUGGCAGCUCAGCUAGAGGAGUGUGCCUUGCAAGACAGGGAGAGUGCAGGCCCAGGCCCUGGGAGGUCCAGAGGCAAGCCCAGCCCUCGGAGGGAGACGUUCGUCCUCAAGGACAGCCCUGUCCGAGAUCUGCUGCCCACUGUGAGUUCUUGGAGCACACCAUCCCCAAGCAGCCUGACUGGACUCCGAAGCAGUGACAAAAAGGGGUCAGCCAGGGCUGUUCGGGUGACAGCUGGAAAGAAGCCCCCCAGCACAAAAAAGGGAUCGCCCACUUGCAAUCUGUCCCCUGCACCCAGAAGCCCAGUGCUGUCUCCUCUUGCACAACCAAGUCUUCCACCCCGUCGGAAAGCUGGGCCCAGUGCAAGGACAGCAGCCAGCCCGCCAGUCCCUGUCAGGCCAGUCCUAGCUCCACAACCCUCAACUAGCAGCUCUCAGUGCUCAUCCCGGCUACAGGGAGCAGCUGCUAAGCCUUCCAGUCGACUACCAGUUCCCUCAGCCCGCCCCAGGCCCACCACGAGAAUGCCACUCACUAACCGCAGUGUACCACCUGGCAAAAGUGCCCUACCUCCAGAGUCUCUCUCAGCUAGGAAGGGGCUCCCAAGUGCCGCAGGGCACAGAGCUCCUGUUUCCCAGAGAACCACUCUUCCAACCCCCAGUGCCCCUCGAGGCAGGGUGCAGCCCCUCAGGAAAGCUGCAGUCCCCGGACCUACUAGGUAAAACAGUCAGGACAACAAGCGCGUAUUCAGUAGCGAGCCACUACACUACCGUCUUAGCCAUCAAAGACUGGACCCUCUCCAAGUAGUCCUUGACUCCAGCACAUUCUUGCCCAGAGAUGGAAGAGUUGCCUCCAGAGUUGAGCUCUGAAGUAGAGACCACGGAUGGUGGAGUGGGUUGAGCUUGACGAGACUAAAAUCCCUCCUGCCCCCACCCCACCCCCACCCUAGCUGAAAGAAGAGAGGAGAGAUCACUUCCCAUGGAGAAAUCCACAAACGAGAUGAGAAACUCAGGCGCCGUGACCUGGCUCCUUCCAUCCCACUGUGGUCAGCCCCAGAGAGCUUGACCUUCCCUGACCGUGGUUUACCGGCCAUGCACAUACCAGUGGCCUGCGGAACCAGCCAGGCUCCCCGGCCUCUAGGAGAGGUCUUUCUGAAUUGUUUCCUACGCUGGACUCUGGCCAGUUUGGAGAACCCAGGCAGGCACCUGGCAUGUAGGGCUUGUUCCCUGUGACUCCUCACAGGCUAGUCAAUGAUAAGCUUACUCAUCAGUCUGCAUUUUUUCUUAAAUAAAAUGAAAUUUUUAAUACA